AUGAUCUUUUCCUCAAAGAAGUUCUCCCAUGAGGAGUGGUGCUGGAAGCUCAAGUCAGUGGAGGUGGAGGUGCUGGACUCUGACGUGCUGGGAGUAGAGCUCAGACAGAUAGGCUACAUCCUCCGCUGCUCCCUGUCCCACACCAUCACCCUGGAGUUCUUCCAGGAUGGCAGCAAGCCGGAGAACGUUGGCGUCUAUAACCUCUCCAAGGGGGUCAACCGCUUCUGUCUCUCCAAGCCUGGUGUGUACAAAGUGACUCCUCGAUCUUGCCACCAAUUCGAACAGGACUAUUAUACCUACGACACGUCAGACCCCACUAUCCUGACUCUGACUGCAGUGAGACAUCACAUGACUGGCCUAAUCACCAGUGAUAAGAUCCUGGAUGUCACGGUCACCAUCAGAUCCUCCAUAGAGUCUGAGCCAGCUCUGGUCCUAGGCCCUCUGAGAAGCCUGGAGGAGCAGAGACAGGAGCAGCAGCUGCAGGAGAUCGAGCUGCGGCGCCAGGAGAGGGAGAGACGCGCCCAAGAGGCUGAGGAUGGCGGUGACAGUCAGCCCCCCAUCCAAGAGAGAGCUGAUGAGCUCACCAGCCCCUUUCACUACGAAUUUUCUUACUGGGCCAGGGCUGGGGAGAGGAUCACUGUGACUCCCUCCUCCAAGGAGCUUCUCUUCUAUCCGCCGGAGAUUGAGGCUACUAUCACUGGAGAGUCUUGUCCAGGGCGUGUGGUGGACAUUGCGGGGCGCGCUGGUCUGUUCCUGGAGGGCCAGGUGACUCCAGAGCUGCAGGGGGUCGAGAUCUCCAUCACCGAGAGAGGAGCCAAGGCCCCCCUCCUCACCGUCGUCACCAACGAGAACGGGGCUUACAGUGUCGGUCCCCUGCACAGUGACCGUCACUAUGACGUCAGUGCCAGUAAGGAGGGCUUCAUCCUCAGCAUUGUGGAGGGAACCCAGGGAGACUUCAAGGCCUUCGCCCUGGCUGGAGUCACCUUCAAGAUCAAGUCAGAGGAUGGUCACGCUCUGUCUGGAGUCCUGCUGUCUCUGAGUGGAGGAUCGUUCAGAUCCAACCUGCUCACCCAGGACACUGGUGUCCUUACCUUCAACAACUUGAGCCCGGGUCAGUACUACUUCAAGCCCAUGAUGAAGGAGUUCAGGUUUGAGCCAGCCUCUCAGAUGAUCACCGUAGAGGAGGGACAGAACCUCAGCAUCGACAUCACCGGAUUUAAAACAGCAUACAGCUGCUACUGGGCAGCUCAGUCCCUGAGUGGAGAUGCUGAGAGGGACGUGUCAGUGGAGGCAGUGGGACAGGCAGAGUGUAGUAUCUACAGCGAGGACACGGUCACAGACGAGGAGGGACGCUUCAGGCUCAGGGGCCUGCUGCCUGGCUGUAGAUACCUGAUCCAGCUGAGAGCACAGGGCAACGACCACAUCGAGAGAGCCCUGCCUCAGCACCGCUCCAUAGAGGUUGGGAGCACCGACAUAAAAAGUGAUCUUAUUUAG